UGGAGUUUUCUUCCACUUUCUUGGUAGUAGUGCUUCAACCAGGCUGUGGGUGGCGUUCAGGGGCUAGAUCUCCACCUCCUCCAGUAACACCAGGGGUCCAGCUGAACCCCUGAAAGGCUGGAAAACCCCCCUGUGUAAAUGUAAGAUGCUGCAAACCAUUUUGUUUUUGUUAGUUUUUUUUCGACAGAACAGUAUUGCUACACCAACCACAUUUUUGUUUACCUCCCUGCUGGCUCUUACCACCAAGGGCCAACCACAAGUCCCCCUUUCAAAAGCACCCUUUACUAACUAACUAGCUGCCUUCUGAGAGCUUUCUUACGUGAGUGAGGUCUGUCCAGCUCCACUCGGAUUAUUCUCUGAGCCUUUUGAGAUUGCAGCCUUUUAGGCCAGAUUCAGAGUGAUUUACACAUUGAACAGACAGAGGGAGGUCGGGGCAGGAGAAGGGUUAAAUGAUUUUGUUUUGAUUCGUAGUAUUGUGCACUGGCCCCUCCCCUGGGAUCAGCGGGGCUACUGUGGCCCUGGGGUGUUAUAAAAAGGCCUCUGAGCUCCCCCUGCUCUGGUAAAGAGGCUGAAUGUCUGCAGGACAUGCUUAACGUUUGUCUAUCCAUGUUCUUCUACUAACAACCAGCAGGGUUGGCACAUAGAUGCACAGAGACUGGCGUGUUGCUCCACUCAGGAGCUCUCUAUGACAGAAAUCAGAAUUCAGUAGGCAGAGCAGCAGAUUAUUCACAGUUACAUGUUUACGUGUUGUUGCAUUUAGCUUUAGAGAGGCAAUUUCUGUUUGAGGGCAAAUUUUUGUCAUCUGCUUUGUGUUUUUUGGUCUCAAACAGUCAUUAUUGUGGAGAAGCAGAAUCUCCCUUUAGUUGAUUAGUUUGUUUUUUCUUUUGACUUUUCAUCCCUCCAUUGCUUAGAGGUUGUUUUUUGACCUUUUGACACCAUGUGGGAAUUCAGAUCUAUGUCCUUCUGGCGGGCGGUGUUUGCCGAGUUCUAUGGCACCAUGUUCUUUGUAUUCUUUGGGCUGGGGGCAGCCCUCCGCUGGACCACUGGGCCCCAUAAUGUCCUCCAUGUUGCCUUUUGCUUUGGGCUGGCGGCUGCCACCCUCAUCCAGUCCAUCGGCCACAUCAGUGGAGGUCACAUUAACCCAGCCGUUACUUUUGCCUACCUGAUUGGCUCCCAGAUGUCCCUGUUCCGUGCUUUCUUCUACAUCAUAGCCCAGUGUCUGGGAGCACUGGCUGGUGCUGCCGUGCUCUAUGGGGUAACACCUGGCAACAUGAGGGGAAACCUGGCACUCAACACGCUUCAGCCAGGCGUCAGUCUGGGCAUGGCCACCACCAUGGAGGUCUUCCUCACCCUGCAGCUUGUUGUCUGCAUCUUUGCUGUGACUGAUGAGAGGCGCAACGGACGCCUGGGCUCUGCUGCCCUUGCCAUCGGCUUUUCUGUGCUCAUGGGGCAUCUUCUUGGGAUGUACUACACUGGAGCAGGAAUGAACCCCGCAAGGUCCUUUGCCCCCGCUGUCCUGGUCAGGAAUUUUGUCAACCACUGGGUGUACUGGGUGGGUCCCAUGAUCGGUGGCGCUAUGGGUGCUCUGCUGUAUGACUUUAUGCUGUUCCCCCGUAUGCGCGGCCUGUCCGAGAGGCUCGCCACACUGAAGGGCACCCGGCCCCCAGAGGCUGAGGGCCAGCAGGAGACCAGGGGAGAGCCCAUCGAGCUCAAGACACAGGCCCUAUAAGCCUGGAGUAGAAGAUUGGCUUUUUGACCCCCAUCCCUCACCCGUCACGCCUCACUCUGCACCCUCAGUUCCCGGUCCAUCCUCAGCCCACUCAGCGUUUCUGCACACAUACCUCCUCCCCGCCUCCACAAAUGUUCCCGAACUCCUUGUUGUUGUGCAUCCAGAACUGGACCUACUGAAUCACAGUGAAGGGGCACCCACAGCCCUGACCAUCUCUCCUGAUUUCACAUCUACCCAUCCUUCCUCCUCCUUCUCCUCCUCCUCCUCCUCCUCCUUCCCCUUGGACUGCAGGACAAAGAUGGAGGGUUAGAAGAAGACUUGCCACUGAAGGAAGCUCCCUGUGCCCCGUGGUGUGGGGAGUCAGUCACUCCUGGCUGACCAGGUGGCUAUAACUGCUCAGGACAGGGGCCUCUCUCUCUCUCUAUCUUUCCUCCCCUUUCUCUCUUUUUCUGUUUUUCUCCCUAUUUUGUAGUCUGCUAGGAGUGAAGCUACAGUAGAGCAGUGGACUUCUGCAUGCUUUUCCAUUUUGAUCCAGUGUGAUCUCACCCUUCGUUUUGUUUUGUUCCACGAACUUUGGGUAAAUUACAUGUACGUAUUGUACUUUACCAAUAUUUAUUUGCCUCACAUUCUUUUUUUUUUUUUAGUUGUAUGUGUGUGUGUGUGUGUGUGUGUGUGUGUGUGUGUGUGUGUGUGUGUGUGUGUGUGUGUGUGUGUGUGUGUGUGUGUGUGUGUGUGUGUGUGUGUGUGCGUGUGUGUGUGUGUGUGAGAGAGACAGAGUGAGUGUGCAUGCAUGUCCGUGUGCAUGUGUAUGCUUGUGUGCUUGUUUUAUUUGAUCAUUUAUUUUUCAUUUUUCAUUGCCACAAUCCUUUGUCUGUAUCAAAUUAUCAUUAUUAUUAUUAUUAUUAUUAUUAUUAUUAUUAUUAUUAUCAUUAUCUUUAUUAGUUUGAUUUAUCAUGCAAACUUAUUUUAGGGAAAGCUGCUGCCUUUUCCACACCCUCACUGAUACUGCAAAAGUUUGAUUCACAAGUUCAACAGAUUCCAUGUUUAGAGUGAUUCCCCUUUUUUAUAUCAGAUGCAAAUCAUAAAUGCCUUUGAGUCAAAUCCUGAAGCCAAAUUCAUUCAGUUUAGCAUUUGUGUCUCAUCUAGUGGAGCACACACCCAUUCACAUUUAUAUUAAAAUAAACGCAAAACAUUAAACCAUCUGGUCUUUUCUGAGCUCCGUCUUCAACGACGUCACAAUUAGAAAUAUUUUAAUGGUACAACUGCCUCUGAAUCUGUUACCCAUUGCUUUAUACGUGGGAAAUCUACAGGUUUCUACCACAUUUAGAACUUAUACAGUAUUUGUGUUGGGUUACAUUUUAAAUGACUUUCUGACAUGAUUUUGUCCUUGAAGCUUUAGAGCAGCGCUUUUCACUGAUUCAUGUACAGGUGUGUGAUAGUUGGUUUGCUUUUACUUUUGCGUGUCUGCCAUGGAAAAACAAAGAGAGCAAACCUGACAAGCUGUCAUAAGGAACAAGUGUUUUUUUAGUUGAAUUGUGUUGUUUGACACGACUGAAGGGUCUUUGUGACAUCAACGCGAGGUUAGAAAUGAAAGAGUGCAUGAGGUGUGGUGGCUUCUUGCUGGUGUUGGCAAACACCUGGUGCCUUCUCUUUUCUACGCUGAGCUGGGUGGCUCUUUAGGAGUGAAGUAGUUUCAUUGGUCAAGCCCCCUUUUCUCUGAUGUUUGGGAGAAGAGAGAAGGUCACCGCGAGGCGACUGAAAUCUUUAGUGUGUUUGUACAGGGUGAUAAAUGUACACCUCUAUUUUCAUACAGUCUACGGGAACUUUGAAGUUGAAGCUCUGCAUUGGCCUGGUGUCCCCUCUCUCUUCCAUCCCUCCUUCAUUCACCCUACCUCCUCCCUUUGUUUAUGAGGCAGCCAUCUUGUUCUGCUCUAAUGAGGGGACAUCUAAAGCUGCUGGGAUGGAGGGAAGGGGACGGGGCACUGAGAUAAGUUAGCAUUUUGACAAAUUUCACCAGAGCAGUUAUUGAACCAGACAUGUAAGCUGAUUCUUUCUGCUUCCUCUACAUAACCUUUUUUUUUUCAGUGUGAUUUCCCUGGCAGUGGUUGAGUAGAAUUUACAUUUUAGUGGCAUGUUGAAAUUAGAAUUUGUGUUCUAAUGGAAAAGCUUUGUGAUGUACAGUGUAAAGUUUUCUUUUUUUAAAAAAACAUUUCAUGAUUGUUGAAACUGGAUGGAUAGGAAAUAUAAUAUCCUAGUUAUGCAAUGUCUCCUCUUUGGCUGAUGGGUUAUGGAAGUGAUGCCAAUUAUGUUUUACACCAAUAUGCUUUCAUUCAAUGGACAGCCUUUAUGAUACCAGGCAUACCUUCCCAAUCUCGAUGCCACUGAUUUAUUAUUUUUAUAUGUCAAAAAAAUCCAAAAAUUCUUAUGUUUUCAAUCCUUUUUUGUGUGUUUUUCUUUUAGACUCACUGUAGAAAAAUGUAAAUAGAUGGUUCCAUACAGGAGAGACCUACACUUGCAAACACCAAAGAAGCUAACCGUAGCUAUAUGCAACAAUUAUUAUAUAUGACAUCUUCACUUCUGAGAAAAAAACCCAGUAACCAUUUACAUAAACAUUUGCCAAUCAGAUGAGGUUAUUCCGGUUCAUCUGUCUGCAGGUGUUUGUGCAGGACAUACCCCUCUGUGUGACGUCAAGGUUGACUUAAGGGAGAUAACAUAAUUUCUCAUUUCUUGCAAAUAAAUUCACAAAAAUAUUUUUUGAUAUUUUGAGAAAAAUUGCGAUUUUACUUGCCACCAUAGUUGUCAGAUUAUUUGGAUUGUAGUAGUAGCCUCAGAGUGAUUUACCCAAAUGCGAUCCACAUGAUAUAAAAGAUUAUUAUACAUACUGCAUGUUACUUCUAACACGCUAUUAUAUUAUCACAUGCACGACAUUGACAGUGAUGGUAGGUAGUGCAAAGCUUCUUAUAAAACCAAAAACUUAGUUUAUGGGAAAGACCGGUUUUGAUAUAAAUUCAGGUGCAAAUAAAAGCUGCUAAAAUCAGAGGAAAAUCAAACACAGAGCAAAGUUAAUGUAUCCUCAGUCACAAUGUUUCCUAUCAACUGCAGUUCUAAUGACUUCUUUGCUUUUCAUUUAAUUCCGAACAGCUACUUCAAUACUU